CGGUUUUGCAGUCGACUUCUUCGGAUCAUUCUUCUGUGUGUAGUUUUUGUAAAAUUUAUUUUUGUUAAAUAUUUUCUAAAAAUAGUUAAAUAAUUUGUUGAAAAAUAUGUGCAAAAGUGAACGCUGAAGUUAAAGCAUAUAUAUAAUUAUAUAUUUUUAAAAAAUUCAUCUACAAAAUCAAGUGUCUAGAAUAGAAAAAAGUGUGGAAAAAUUACUCAUCAAAGAUAGAAAAAAAGGCAGAGUAUCUUCAAGAUUUUUCAUUUAAUUUUUUUCUUAACAUUGCAACUUUUGUGCUGCUGCCUCUGUUGCUGUUUUCCUGAGUCUGUCUGGCUGGUGUGUGCAUAAAAAUAAAUAUUAAAAAAAAGUGUUGCUUGUUUGUUUAAUUUUUCUUUCCUAUUUGGUGCCACAACAUAGCGACUGCUCGCUCUGCCGCAGUUGACGCAGCAAACGUCUUAACAAUAAGAAAAACUUAACAAUAAACUAAAAAAAUUAUAAUAAAUUUAUUGUUUUUUGUGUUAUUUUUUAUGGUAAAAGAAGUACACACAUCUAAACAUUUAUCAACCCACUAGAAAUUUUGUGCAGCGUAUAGCAGCUAUAACUGACAACAACAAAAUCUAAAUCGACAAAUAAUAUAAAAGCAUAAUUUUAAUAAAAAACAAAAAAAACUAAUAGUUGUUGUUGAUUGAUUUCUAUAUUUUACUGCCAGUGUUGGUUUUUAGUUUUUUUUUAUGUGUGAAAGAUAUGUUUUUUAAUUAAAAAAAGAAACAUACAUAAAUAAAUAAAGCAAAUAUACAAACAAAGCAAAAUAAAUAUUAAGUGAAUUCAAAUAUACAAAUAUUGAAGUGUUUCAAAUUCAAUACAUAAUAUCGUAUAGGUACUUGAGAACGUUCAACAUUAUAUAAAUCAAAUCAAAAUUUAAAGCGCCUUAUAGGAGAAGCAAUUCAACUCCAUAAAAAUUAAUUGCAACAUUUUUUGAAACUAUUUGUAUGCCCCACAAUAAGCAGAAAAUUAAACAAAACGACGUCUCUAAAUUUAGCGUUUAAAGAACAAAACAACAAAAUAUGGAUCAACCACUUAUAGUACAGGCCGAAUAUUCCUUUAAGGGGGGCAAUAAUGAUGAAUUGUGUUUCAAAAAAGGUGAUCUAAUCACGGUAACACAACGUGAGGAGGGUGGUUGGUGGGAAGGUACACUUAACGAUAAGACUGGCUGGUUUCCCAGCAAUUAUGUUAUGGAAUAUAAAGCUCCCCUCCCGAUCACAGACUCCAUCAGACCACCUGAGGAGAUUCAAGAAUAUAGAUCGGUUGUAUUAAAAGAUCUCUUGGAUUCGGAGAGAGCACAUGUUGCAGAGAUUCAGGGUUUACUGGAAAACUUUUUGGAGCCUUUGCAGCAGACACAAAUACUCAAUGCUGAUGAGUACGCUCAAUUAAUGUGCAAUUUUGUAGAGGUUGUCAAAACACACGAAGAGUUACUUACACAAAUGGAAGAGUGCAAUGAUCGUGUGGGUAAACUAUUUCUUAAUAAGGCACCAUAUAUGAAACAAGUACACCAAGCCUAUUGUGCACAACAUCCCAAAGCUAUUGUUAUAUUAGACAAAUAUAAAGAUGAAUUAGAAAAAUAUAUGGAACGUCAAGGUGCUGCCACUCCUGGCCUUUUAGUACUCACAACGGGUUUGUCAAAACCUUUCCGCCGUCUCGAUAAAUACUCGGCCAUGUUGCAGGAGUUGGAAAGACACAUGGAGAGCAGUCAUCCGGAUCGUGGUGAUACACAACGUAGUGUAGCGGUUUACAAAGAUAUUGCUGCCACCUGUUCUGCUACACGCAGACAAAAGGAACUAGAACUACAAGUAUUAACUGGCCCUGUACGUGGCUGGCAGGGUCAAGAAUUAAGUUCUUUGGGUGAAAUUAUACAUAUGGGCAGUGUAGCAGUUGGUUCCGAUCAUCGUGAUCGUUAUUUUGUUUUAUUUCCUCAGACAUUACUUAUAUUAAGUGUUAGUCAAAGAAUGAGUGCCUUUAUUUAUGAGGGCAAAUUACCGCUCACCGGUAUCAUAGUUAAUCGUCUCGAAGAUUCUGAUACCUUCAAAAAUGCCUUUGAAAUCAAUAGUCCUCUUAUUGAUCGUAUAGUAGCUGUGUGCCAAGGACCCAAUGAUGCUAACAAAUGGGUGGAAUUACUAACAUCUACCAAUGUCAGUAUGCCCAUUGGCAUUAAACGUCAACUUAGUAAUUUAAGUAAUGCCUCCAUAGGUGGUGCUCAUAUAUCCACACCACCCAAUCAUAUGUCCCCGCCAGCCAAUCUGAGCCUAUUAAGUCAACGCAUGAACAGUCAACAACAACAGCAACAAUCCACAACGAACUCAAUGGUGGGGAGAGAAAACCCAGUAACAGUAGUGGCAGCAGCACAAGCUCAGAGCGGUCAGCAACAACAGCUGCUACAGCAGCAGCAACAGUCGUCGUCGGCACUUCCGUCACAACACAAACGGAGCCUUUCGUUCAAUCAUCACCUCAGUUACAAUCAAUACACACACACUCAGCAUCAACAGCCUCAUCAAAUGCAUCAUCAACAACAACCACCAAGUCUACCAAAUCAUCCAGUGGCAGCUCAAAACCACAAAUCAAAUUUAGUCCAGACAUCGAACAGUAUUUCGAAGAUAAUGGGCCCAGCACUUCCAGCACAAAACAUGGCCACAAACGCAAGGACCGGAAGCACAAAAGCUAAUUGGAGCAUAACAAAUAUGCGUCCAGCACCACCCCUACGACCUAAUCUUUUGAACUCCAAUACUACCAGUGGCGGUGGCAGUAGUGGGAGUCGAAGUGAUGGUGUGGCCAGUUUGAAUUCCUUAUCCAGUUAUUGUAGUGGUCGUAAAAAUCAACCAACUUUUGAAGAAGAUGCCUUAGUGUUGCGUGUUUUUGAAGCCUACUGUGCUGCCUACCAAAAUACUACACGUAAUACCAUACACUCGGCCUUGCAACCAUGGACACCUUGUUUGCCAAUACGUGGUGGCAAAUUAAAAACCAGUAAACAUUUUUCAACAUCAAAUCCACAUCUUCCAUUUUUGUGUAAUACAGGAGUGCAAUUUCCUGGCGCCACCAAUGUAAAUAAUAAACAAAACUCAACUAGUAGUCUUAAUUCAUCGUAUAUCUGGCGUGAAGCAAGUCCCAACAAUUUCAAUUUGUAUUCAUCCUCCAUAUCGUCUUUAAAUGCCACAGGUUAUCGUUACUCAUUGACGGGUUCUACGGGUGCAGGAGGAGUUAGCGGAGGAGCAGGAGGUCCUGUUAAUAAUGCCACCAAUACUUCUUCAGGUACUAGUGGUUUGGAUUAUAGAGCUUUAUCAGAGGAGAGAGCUACACGAAAAUCUUUGAAUCGUUUGAAAAGUGGUUUUGGUUCCGGUUACGAUAAUAUAUUCAUGACUCCCCUCUUGCCACGUAAAAACAAGGGCUCUCCCAAGAUUGUAAAGAAUUCGGCUAACUAUCAACGACCUCCUACUCCGGUGAGAAACUUAUCCGAAGAUAGACAAUCCUCCACUAGUAGUGUUAACAAACAGCUGCCUAAUCAUCCGGGUCUAUACGAUCGGCGUUUGAAUCGUUCAUUUGAAACCAGCACUUCACAUCGUUAUGCUGGCUAUGGUGGUGGUUAUAUGAUGGGCUAUGGCCUCAAGUCCACUUCUUUAAGGCGUAGUACACCUCAACUGCCUGCGGAUGGUGUAGACAGUGAUGAUCCCGAUUGUCAUCAAAUGGCACAAAAAGGCUGCACCGAAGCGUUACUGAGAAAUGGUCAUGGAGCGGCGGCUGGAUCAAGCACUUGUGCUGGGGGAAAUGGCGGUGAUGGUGAUUCUCAAGGACAUGCGGGCAAUUGGUGUUGUGGGUUGGAAAAUGAGGAUAUGACACCAACUCUACGUCAAUUAUGGACUGCCAUACGACAAUUGCAACAGGAUAUGACACAGAUUAAACAGAUUAUCAAUGAUGAAGUUGCUUUGCGUGUUAAUUUGCAACAAUUGUUGAUGCAACAUUUAGAAACUGGCAGUACGUCCAGUAGUAAUACACCGAAAUGUUGACUAUGGAAGUAAUAUAUUACUGGUAGGAUUGUUCGAUCGAUUUGUUUAACAACAACUAUUUGCGACAAUCGUUUGUACGUACUGCUCUAUAAAUAAAUUAUAUAUUAAUCUAUUUAACAAAAACAAAUAUAUAUAUAUUUAAAUCAUUAAGAAACGAUCAACGAACUAUUGUUUAAAAUAUAAACAUAAUAUUUUAUAAUUAAUUAAAUUAACAAACACAGUUGUAUUUUGUAUUGUUUUAUAACGUAUUCAUAGCUAUUACAAGUAUGUAUUUUCAUCUUCUAAAUUUUAUUAGAAAUUAUUAUAUAACUGUGUUUGUUUUUUUUUAUUAAAUAUUUAUAAAAAAAUUUCUAUUU